UUUUUUGUUCCAAUUCAGGCCAUACAUUAACAUUAUCUUACUAGCAUCUGCUGUAGUCAAGCACGGCCAGGUGGUUCCCUGCAGAUCCUCCUUUUAUUCGCCUUUUUGACCGCCCGUUUCCACCAGAGAAGUGCGAUCCAACGCGCCUUUACGCGUAUCAUUCACCUCCACAUCGCGCAUCCACCUGUUGUCAAUACACUUUUGAUCCCGCCCAUCUUCUGAGUGCUACUCUAUGCCCCGAAAGGCCCUUCCUCCAGUGGCGGUAGCCCCCGUAGACGCUCUCCGCCCCCCUCCGCCCCCCUCUCCUAUCGUACAGACACUCCGGAAAGACUGGCGAUGGGCUGCCAUUUCCCAGUUCAUCGCGACCUUUUCUGAUGCAUUUGGUCUGCUUGAUUGGGACAUCGAAGUACUCGAAAAGGACUUUGAUGGAGAUGAGACCGCAUUGAUACCUACGCUUGUUGCAAAGCUACUCUUCGCUCUUACCUACAACCGCCAAAUCAACUCCGAAAACGCUUUUGAACAACUGCGCAAACAGUACCUCAAACGAGCUCCCGAAACGACUUUACUAGGUACAGUUGAAGAGCCUGUUGAAUGGGCCGCCCUUGGUCUUUCCCAAAAGGUUGGGAUUCUCCACCAACUAUGUGAAUGGCAGAUGGACGAUCCAGCCCGCUUCCGGGGUUUAUUAAAGACGGAAGACGAUGCCGUGUCUUGGAGGAUUGAACCUGUCGGCUGGGAUAAAUCAGGAAAUAUCUACUGGCUUUUCGACGACAACCGCCUGUGGAUCCAACGUACACCACCCCUCCCUCCUGCACCUCCAAAGAAAUCUUCGCUCAAGGCGAAACGAGCCCUCAAGCGCGCCCGCAACAAUAUCAAUAACACUUCCAAAUCUAACUCCAAAUUCAAAGCGAAACCUGCCCCUAAACCAAAACCUAAAACCAAACCGUCCACAUCUACACCUAGACCAAAAGGUCCUCCUGUAAAGAGAGAACCCACCCCUCCCCCUGAAGAAAUCUCUGGUUCCCGUCGACGGGCCCCCGUUGCAUUCUACGGUAACCCGACGCCUACAGCUCUAGCCCUGAAACGGGGCGCUGUCUUCCCUCCUGCUUCAGGAGGGACGCCCACCAAUGGGAGGGCGACAAGGAGCAGCGCGAGGAUUAGCGGGGUAAACGGCAAUAGUACAGACCAGUCUACUGCUAUCGGGGCGACGCCGAGUAAAACCGCGAAGAAGACCCAGUUGCCGCUUGGCACGAGGGUUAGCAGGCGGUUGAGGAAUGUGGAUGAUGAGUGGCAGCAAGUUCCGGAUGAAUGGCUCGAUGGUGCGAAAGAAGACCAUGCAGACACUGAAGAUGCAAGUGAUGGAGAGAAGGAGGAGGAGGGAGAUGACGAUGAGAGCGAGCUUAGCGACUUGACAGAUGAGGAGGAACAUGCUGCCGAGGUGGAAGCUGUCAAAGCCCGAGAAAGCCAGGAGAAUGGGCAACCCAAAAAAAAUCGUAGGAAAGCAGUCAAAGAGGAGGUGGAGGAGAAAGUAGAAGAAGUUGCAGACGCCGAUUCGCCGCUCUCUGAACUUCCCGAACCCGAUCCCGAGCCCAUCGUCGAGCAAGAUGACGAGGAAGAUGAGUAUAACCCUGAUGAAGACGUUGAGCAAGAUGAUGCGAUGGAUGUUGACGAGACCGAGCCUAAGCAGGAAGAGGAAGAGGACGAUGCUGAAGAAGAUGGUGAGGAGGAGGAAGAUAUCAUCAAGGCCGCUAUCAAAGAAGCAAACAACCUUCCCGAAGGGUUCAUCGAAUGGGAAACAGUCUGUGUCACCCUCUACGACUGGCGAACAUUCCCUGAACAAUUUGCCAAAUCGAAACACCCCGACGAGAAAGCGCUGUACAAACUCCUUCACGAUCAAGUCGGUCCCACCAUCAUCGAGCAACUUACCGAAAAGGAGAAAGAACGCCUGAAGCAAGAAGCCUUCCUGAACCGUAAACGUUCGUCACGAAUAGCCACCAAGGAGCUUGAGAAGGAAGAAGCUGUGCGUAGGGAGCAGGCGCAGCGUGAAAUGGAGGAGAGGAUGGAGCGGACGAGGAAGGAGGAAAUGAGGAAGGCCAAGGAGGAAGCAGAAGCGCUAGCGAGAGAGAAGGCGAGGGAAGAUAGAUUAAAAGAAAGAGAGGAGAGGGCGCAAGCGCGAGAAGAAGCGGCCUUAAGAAAAGCGGAAGAAGAGCAAAAAGCGAAAGAGAAGGAAGAGAGGAGGAGAGAAAAGAGAAAGAGGAGAAGAGAAGGGGAAAUCGUCAGUGAUGAUAGUGAAGAUGAGAGCAGUCAAGCACCCAGCAGAAGGAGUAGGACCAUGACGCCCAGUCAUAUGGGUGAAACCACCAAUCAAAAGAGUAAAGUGGGAGCGGGUAAAGCUGUUGCAGGUAAUAGAUGGGAGCUUGGAUGUGAGGUAUGCGGGAUGCACGGUUGGAACAUUGAUGGAGACAAGGAUCUCGUAUCUUGCGAUGAGUGCGGUAAAUGGCAGCACGUAGAGUGUCUCGACAGGCUAGACCGCAGUCAAGGACGUGUCAGGAGGAAUUGGAGUAAGGUGGACUUUACGUGCAAGGAAUGUCAACAGAGGGCGGCAAACAAGCGUCUUCGAAUAGAGUCGCUCACGCACGCCAACAGUCGCCCGAUACCCGUUAUCCCUUCCCCUCUCGCCCCUCGCCCUACACCUCCUCACCCUUACCCUCACCCUCGCCCUCACUCUGCGCAUCAGCAACAGCAAAGCCCGCCUUACCCCAUUCUCCCUGGUUCAGCCCCCGGACCUCAACCACUCCUCAACCCUAGCCGUCCUCCACCCCCACCUCUUCAGGCGGGACAGUAUUACCUUCCUUACCCUCCUGAAUCUCGAUCGCCCGCUCAACCUGCUGGAUACGCCGUGUACUAUCCCCCCGGUGACCCGCGACAUGACACCACUGCCCCUCAGCCACAUCAUCAGCAUCAGCCGCACCAGGAGCGAAGGAUUUCGGGACAAGGAAACAAUCGACGAGCGUCGGCUGAAGGAUAUGCCCCCUCUCCGACAGGUGUCACGCCGGGAUAUGCCAGUCCUCAUGUGCAGGCACACGCGUAUCCGACCGCGCCCCAAUAUUCAUCUCUUGCCCCUUCACCUUCAUCUGGAGCAGCCUAUCCGCCCACCGCGUACUCUCAUCCGCAAAUACAAACACAGGCCCCACGCCCUAUACAAGUGCAUCAAGCCCAUCUGAUGCCCUCUCAUCUGCCCACCACUGCUAGAUACCCACACCAGCCUCAGAUGCAGGCCGGUGCAGUCGGACAUGUACCUCCAGAUCCGAGAUUGCAAGACACUCGUCAGCAGUAGAAUAAUAAAGCAUAAAUGAGCUAGAAAUAAGAGGCAGGGAGGUGGGAAAGAAAAUAAUUGUUGAUAUGUCACUACAUAAAAAGGAAGGAAGAGAUGGUUGAAUACUUUUCUUUCUAUUAUUAUCGACGCUUGACAUUUUCAUCGUGGCUGUAUGCACAAUUUUUUGUUUGCA